AUGAAAGAUCUAGGAAUCGGAUUAGAUGCAACAGAACGAUAUCAGACAAAAGAAUUGCAAGAGCAAGACCAAGAGGAAGUUCCUGAGUACUGUCAAAAAGACGACGAAAGCGCCAAAAGUGUAGCUGAACAAGAUCCGUAUGAUCUUGAGGUCCUUCGCUCGGUAGAACAAGGAGAUUCCAGAGAUUUUAGUGAACAUUUUUCUGGUGAAGGCGGUGCUCACUUUUUUGCGUUUGUUAAAAUAGCUGAUGCAGAAGAACAACAAACUAAGAAAUUGAGCAAUAACUGUACUUUACGUGUCGCCAUUUCAUGCCAUUAUGCAGCUUCAUUUCCUGACUCUCGAAAAAUGAUCCAACAACAGCAACAUAUGAACCAAAACCAACGUCCUCAACAACAACAUCAGGUGCGACAACGCCAACGCUCUCAGCAACAACAGCAACUUUUUAACCGGAACCAUCGCCCUCAACAACAACAUCAGGUGCGCUCAAUCUCAAUAGAUUCUCUUAACGUUCUUGACUCCAAUGGGAGACCUGAUGUAAAUAUGCCUGACCAGAGAUACCAUGCGGGUGAGGAACCAAUCUUCAUCAAAAGCUGCAAACUCUUUGAAGGCGGCAAGUAUCCACCAAUUGAAGGGUUUGGAUGGGGACCCAGGAAAACAACUUUGAUGUGGCAAUACUAUUCAUUACCUAAGGAGCCUAAUUAUCGUCGAGCUGUCCAUUUUCAUGCUACACAUUCUCAACAUUUUCAAACUCGUGGAACAUCCACUCAACAAUUCCCACCUGUUCAACAGUUUCAUGCUCGAUAUUUGCCUCAACACACUCCUCAACCGCCCCAUAACAUUCCUCAACAAAAUCUAUACUCCCUACAACAACAACCACAACAAACACGAUUUUUCCUACAACCACCACGUCUCAUUCUACGGGAGCCACAACUAAGGGAGCAACAACAACAACACGAGCAACAACAACGGGACUCUCAACAACAACGGGAGCCACAAAUUGAUCCGCGUCGUCAGUUACAGCGUAUACAACUGGCGUACAUGUAUUGA